AUGACGGGGUCGAAAAAGAAAUCCAUAUCGGAUAAACCAUCUUCCUCUUCUAAAGUCGUAAGCAAGUUCAUCGAGGCCUGGAAGAAAGUGAUGCCGAAUAUGGAUCCACCGAAAACCCCCUCGGCCUACAUGGCUCCUCGCCCACCGACCCCAACCACAAUCCCCUCAAAGCUGACCGUCAAAUUCGUUCUUUCAUACAAUUCUGUGUUGUCCGGCAAAGAGGUUGAUAUGGUCAUUAUCCCUGCAACUACUGGACAGAUGGGUGUUUUGCGUUGUCACAUACUGACAAUUGCGGAGCUUAAACCUGGGAUUCUAUCUGUUCACGAAGGCAAUGAUGUGACUAAGUACUUUGUGAGCGGCGGUUUUACUAUCAUCCAUGCAAGCUCUGUUGCCGAUAUUGCGGUUGUUGAGGCCACCCCAGUUGACCGCAUUGACCUGAACUUGGUUCAGACAGGCCUAACUAUUUACCAGCAUAAGCUAAACUCAGCGACAACGGAUCUUGAAAAAGCUGAAGCUCAAAUUGGGGUCGAUGUACACAGUUCUCUCAAUGUUGCUCUUACUGGUUAA